UGCUCUCUCUCUCUCUCUUAUCUUCAACCUUUACACGUAAAGCCCCUUAGAAAAAAUGGCUCUCGUAUUUCACUGUACAUCUUGUACUUGGCUUCAGAGAAAGACUUUUCCGAUUAAUCGGAGAUAUUCUACGAACAUCCGACGAGGAGCUACGACGUGUGAGUAUAGAAUUCCAGUAGAAAUCUCCAGUCCAGCAGAUAGAGGAGCUUUGGCUGUUCCUUCGCACAAGGUCACUGUACACGAUCGUCAGCGAGGAGUCGUUCACGAGUUUGAGGUUCCAGAGGAUCAGUAUAUAUUGCACUCAGCUGAAUCUCAGAACAUUAAUCUUCCCUUUGCUUGCAGGCAUGGUUGCUGUACUAGCUGUGCCGUACGUGUUAAAUCUGGAGACCUAAGGCAGCCACAAGCAUUGGGAAUAUCAGCUGAACUCAAGUCCCAGGGAUAUGCACUUUUGUGUGUGGGUUUCCCUACAUCUGAUCUUGAAGUAGAAACCCAAGAUGAGGACGAGGUCUACUGGCUACAAUUUGGAAGAUACUUCGCUCGUGGACCGAUUGAGAGAGAUGACUACGCCCUUGAACUCGCCAUGGGAGACGAGUAGAAACAAUAAGAGUUACAGAAGUGAGUGUUACUUUUUUUUAGUCCUGAAUCUCGUGGUGCAUCCUUGUAAAUCUCUUAAUGAACUCGACUAUAUUCCGAGAAAACGUCUCAACAAAUCAAACAUUUGAUGAAAGCUUAUGAACCUUCCCAUCAUGAACUCCAAAUUUCAAAACAUAACAUAUGUUUGCA